AUGAAGCCCUUCUUCACAACACUGCUUUGUUUUUUCGCGUCGGCGGCCUCGGCCGCCAAACACGCAAAGACGCCUGCCGCACCCGGCCUGACGUACUUGUAUUCUCUCAAUUGCACGUUGGGACCGUCCAUCGCGGUGGGCAGUGGCCCGCAUGGCACGCGUACCGUGAUUCCCAUCACCGGCGGAACCUUCUCCGGCCCGAGACUGUCAGGCAAGGUCCUCGACCUGGGCGCGGACUGGGGGCUGGUCGACCGGAACGGCACCUUCUCGGCCGACACGCGGUAUCAGCUGCAAACGGACGACGGCGCGAACAUCUUCAUCCGCACGAGCGGGCCGGCGCAGCCAGACGGGCAUCUGCACCUGCGCAUGGAGUUCGAGACGGGUAGCGCCAAGUACUAUUGGCUCAACAAUAUUGUCGCGGUUGGCAUUCUGACGACGGGGAACGGCUAUGUGCUGAUUGACGGGUGGCAGCUGGAGAGCCCCAAGGCUUGA